CUCCCGGAACCUCCUCAUCCCUCAGAAACACCCGCCGACCGCAAUUCUUUCACUUCCCAAAACUCAAACUCCCUCAGAAACCCCCCAGAAUUCUCCUUCACUAUAUCUCACCCCUCCAAGACCUCAACUCUACACACUAAUUCAUUCACUAUCCGUUUCCCCUUUUUCCCUUUGGUUUUCCCAAUUUCAAAAUGACAAUUUCUGGUAGUGACAAAUGCAGAGUUAAGCUCUGUCCACUUCCUCCAUUUCUCCGACCUUAUUAUAAUCAAAUGUUCCACCUUCUUCAUCUCGUAAACCUUUCGCCUCUUGUGACAUUCGCUGCCUCUCUUCUCUCAAAUCUCCGCCAUCCAAACCUCCCCAAUAAUCCACCCACUAAUCCAAACCUCCCCAAUGUCUUGUGACAUCCGAUGCCUCUCUUCUCUUCUCCCAGACCCGCCGCGAAAACCCACUGCACCAGAAUUCAGAGCAACAGCAAGUUCGGGUCCUUCGACGACCUAAAACCAGACUUCGUACGGGGACCCAUCAUAUUCUCAAACCUCUUGUGGCACGACCCGACAUCUUCUCCCCAAUCCUCGCAAUUCGACGUCAUCAUCAAUUCAUCAUCGCCGCCGACCCCGCCGGCCUCCUCCUUGCCGCUCUCCUCUUGGUUGUUGGAAUUGAAAGAGAGGAGGGAGGGAUGGGUUCGUGGGGAUUUUCGUUUUGGUACAGGGUGAAUUAGUGUAUAGAAGAGUUCUGGCAGGGUUUCUAAGAGAGUUUGACUUAAGUGGAGGUAUUGCGCCCAGUGAGGGUUUCUGAGGGAGGAGGUUCUGGACGGGUGGGUGGAAAUUUUGCCGGUAGGUUAAAUCUCAAUUUCGUAAUUUUAAUUAUUAUUUAUGUUUUAUUUGUUUUAAUUCAUUGGGAAGAUGAUGUGAAAAUAGUAAAAUAUUUAAUUUUAU